AUGAUGAUGGACCUUUUUGAAACUGGCUCCUAUUUCUUCUACUUGGAUGGGGAAAACGUUACUCUGCAGCCUUUAGAAGUGGCAGAGGGCUCUCCUUUGUAUCCAGGGAGUGAUGGGACCCUGUCCCCCUGCCAGGACCAAAUACCCCCGGAAGCCGGGAGCGACAGCAGCGGGGAGGAACACGUACUGGCGCCCCCCGGCCUGCAGCCUCCCCACUGCCCCGGCCAAUGUCUGAUAUGGGCUUGUAAGACCUGCAAGAGAAAAUCUGCCCCCACCGACCGGCGGAAAGCUGCCACCCUGCGGGAGAGGCGGCGGCUCAAGAAAAUCAACGAGGCCUUCGAGGCCCUAAAGCGGAGGACUGUGGCCAACCCCAACCAGAGGCUGCCCAAGGUGGAGAUUCUACGGAGCGCCAUCAGCUACAUUGAGCGGCUGCAGGACCUGCUGCACAGACUGGACCAGCAGGAGAAGAUGCAGGAGCUAGGGGUGGACCCCUUCAGCUACAGACCCAAGCAGGAAAUUCUUGAGGGCGCGGAUUUCCUGCGCACCUGCAGCUCCCAGUGGCCAAGUGUUUCGGAUCAUUCCAGGGGGCUCGUGAUAACGGCUAAAGAAGGAGGAACAAGCGUGGACUCAUCUGCCUCGAGUAGCCUCCGAUGCCUCUCUUCUAUCGUGGACAGCAUUUCCUCCGAGGAGCGCAAACUCCCCUGCGUGGAGGAGGUGGUGGAGAAGUAA